AUGGGCAAAAGAAUCAUCUUCAAUAUAUCGAGCGAGUUCCAAUUGAAGUCUCUCUUGGGUGAGGGAGCUUACGGGAUAGUGUGCUCAGCCGUACAUAAGCCAACGGGAGAAGUAGUUGCCAUCAAAAAAAUUGAACCGUUUGAGAAACCGCUAUUUGCGCUAAGGACAUUGCGAGAGAUCAAGCUGCUCAAACACUUUCAGCACGAGAAUAUCAUAUCGAUUUUCGAUAUUCAGAGGCCCGACUCUUUUGAAAAUUUCAACGAAGUGUACAUCAUCCAGGAGAUGAUGCAGACGGACCUCCACCGCGUCAUUUCGACUCAGCAACUGAGCGACGACCACAUACAGUACUUCAUUUACCAGACCCUAAGAGCUGUCAAGGUGCUGCACGGCUCUAAUGUCAUCCACCGCGACCUGAAACCCUCGAAUCUGCUGAUAAACUCUAACUGCGACUUGAAAAUAUGCGAUUUCGGGCUGGCAAGAAUUGCAGACUCUGCGGAAAACAACCCGAACUGCGGCCUGACCGAGUACGUGGCCACAAGAUGGUACCGGGCCCCCGAAGUGAUGCUCACCGCCGCAAAAUACAGCAAAGCGAUGGACAUAUGGUCGUGUGGCUGCAUCCUUGCCGAAUUGCUAUUCAAGAGACCGCUCUUCCCCGGCAAGGACUACCGCCACCAGCUGAUGUUGAUCUUCGGCAUAAUCGGCUCUCCCACACCCGACGACUUGCAGUGCAUCACAUCCAAACGCGCGCGUGAGUACAUCGCCACGUUGCCCCCCUACCAAAACAUCUCCUGGAAGAACCUUUUGCCACAUUCUAACCCGCUCGCCAUAGACCUUCUGCAGAAGAUGCUCGUGUUCGACCCCAACAAGAGAAUAACAGCCGCCGAAGUGCUGGAGCAUCCCUAUCUAGCUACCUAUCAUGACCCCGUUGACGAACCCGCAGGCAAAACCAUUCCCUCCACUUUCUUUGAGUUCGAUAACCACAAGGACAUCCUGACUACCAAAGACCUGAAAAAGCUGCUGUGGAAGGAGAUCUUCAUCCGCUAG